UUUUGCCUCUGCUAGCGUUUCUUCUGUAUACACGUACUUUUGCCUACCCAUGUCUCUCGUUGCGUUGUCCUAGUUUUCGCUUUCCACCCCAAAUACACCUUCUCCCUGAGCGGAGAGGCACCGCCACCCGAGAAUGCGCAUCUUCGGCACCUUAAGGGCCGCCAUCACCAUCGGCCUUGCCACCAUAACAGCCGCCUCGUCCCACGCCCGCCCGCCGCUGCGAAGCAUCGCGCUUGCCAAGAAUGCCGACAUCCUCACACAGACACACCGCGUGACUGCCGUAUCGACCUUCGACCUUGCCUUUGACGUCUCCGGGCAGCGCAUCCGCCUCAGCCUCGAGCCCAACCACGACCUUUUCGUCGAUGGCGGCCAAAUCACACACCUCAACGCCGACGGCUCGAUAGCGCGGCAGGAGCCCAUUGAGCGGCUGCAGCACAAGGUUUACAAGGGCACCGCAUGGCUGAAGAGGGGGAACCGCUGGGACAAUGUCGGCUGGGCCCGGAUAGGGAUACGCAAGGACGGGCUGGAACCGCUGUUCGAGGGCACCUUCACCGUCAACCACGACCACCACCAUGUCAAGACGGCGUCGAGCUACAAGUCGACGCGCCAGGCCGAGGACCCGGACGUUGACCUGCGCGACCGCGAGUACAUGGUCGUCUUCCGCGACUCGGACAUGGGCAACUUCGACGAGCACACGGAGCUGAGGAAGCGAGGAGACAACAUCGGAUGUCCCUCCGACGACCUCAUCUUCAACACGCAGGAGGACCACCCGGUCUAUGCCAGCAUGCGCGCCCGCGACGAAUCCUCCGCCAUGUCGCCAUCCCUCAUCUCAGCCAUGUUCAAGCGCCAGAGCAACAGCGACGACACCCAGUCCGGAGGCAACGGCGCCGGUGUUGACCUUUCCACCACCAUUGGCAGCACUGCCGGAUGCCCCGGUACCCGCAAGGUCGCGCUGGUGGGUGUCGCCGCUGACUGUACCUAUGUCAAUUCUUUCAACGGAGACAAGAACCGGACCCAGACAAACAUCAUAGAUGCUAUGAACCAGGCUUCCGAAUUGUUCGAGAGCACUUUCAACAUCUCUCUUGGCCUGGCCAAUGUGCUCAUCACCGAACCCGAAUGCCCAACAUCGCAGCAGCAAGCAACUCCCUGGAACCAAGGCUGCAGCGGCCAAAUUACCAUUCAAGACCGUUUGAAUCAGUUUUCCCAAUGGAGAGGCCAACAGCAAGAUACCUACUCCCACUGGACUCUGCUAUCUACCUGCAACACCGGAUCCGCCGUGGGACUAGCUUGGCUUGGACAAGCUUGUACAACAGGCUCUCAGGACAACAGCGGCAACUCUGGCGAGACUGUCGCUGGUGCUAACGUUGUCAUCAAGACUGGCACUGAGUGGCAGGUCAUCGCCCACGAAACAGGCCACACUUACGGCGCAGUGCAUGACUGCACGUCCGACACAUGUGGAAACAGCGACAUUGUCAGCUCACAGCAAUGCUGUCCCCUCAGCCAAAGCACCUGCGACGCUAAUGGUGGCUUCAUUAUGAACCCUUCAACUUCCCCCGGUAUCUCGCGCUUCUCCGCUUGCUCCAUCGGUAAUAUCUGCUCUGCGCUUGGACGGAACAGUGUCAAAUCCCAGUGUCUCACCAACAACCGCGACGUCACGCUUCUCACCGGUCAAAGAUGCGGUAACGGUAUCGUUGAAGGCGAUGAACAGUGCGAUUGCGGCGGCACCUCAGGCUGCGAGGGCAACAAUUGCUGCAAUCCCGAGACUUGCCGAUUCAUCAACAACGCUGUCUGCGAUGAUUCUAACGAAGACUGCUGCCGCGACUGCCAGUUCGCUUCUGCCAACACUGUCUGUCGCAAUUCUGUCGGAGAGUGCGAUCCCGAGGAAACCUGUACCGGCAAUUCACCAUACUGCCCCGAGGAUAAGACCAAGAAUGAUGGCUCAAGCUGCGGCAAUGGCCUUAGCUGUGCCUCCGGACAGUGCACGAGUAGAGAUAUGCAGUGCAAGACUAUCAUGGGUAGUUACACGCAGAGCAACGACACAUACGCUUGCGAUAACAGCAAUUGCAUGCUCAGCUGCGCAAGCCCAGAAUUUGGAGCAAGAUGUUAUGGACUCCAGCAGAACUUCUUAGAUGGCACAAGCUGUACCGGUGGGGGUAAAUGUAGCAACGGUGUCUGCGAAGGCGGCUCCGUCGGUCGAGAGAUCACAUCCUGGAUCGAUCGCCAUCUUUCCAUCGUCAUCGGCGUCGCCGCGGGAGUCGGUGGCGCCCUCUUGCUCUGCAUCUUCUGCUGCUGCUGGCGUUCCUACCGCCGUCGCUCAAAACUUAAGAAAUACGCUGCUGCUCAUCCGCCGGUGCCUUACCAGGGCAGCAGCAGGCGCAAUCGAGGCGGGCCCACGGGUCCUCCGCCUAUGGGCCAAUAUAACAAUGGCUUUGCUCCUCCCCCGGGCCCACCACCACCUCAAGGAUCGUCUGGGCCGUGGGCGCCGAAUCCGCAUGCGCCAAACGGGAACGUCCCAAUGCCGCCACCAGUACAUAGAAGUAGUGUGCGGUAUGCAUAGAAGCUUUUUUCUUUCUUAGAACUUGUUUAUGAAAAACAAUACCACAGUCGUUUACAC